AUGAGCAGCGCUUCCCGUGCUUUCUGGCGGCCGUCUGUCAUUUUCUCACUUGCGGUCCUCGUCCGUGCGGCAUUACUGCUGUAUGGACGUUGGCAAGAUGCCCACAGCGCCAUCAAGUACACCGACAUCGACUAUCUUGUGUUCACUGACGCUGCUCGCUAUGUCUCGCGUCAGCGCUCUCCAUACGAUCGCGCAACAUACCGAUACACACCGCUCUUAGCAUGGCUGCUACUACCAACCACUUGGCAUGGCAUCUGGUUCGAAUUCGGCAAGGCGCUAUUUGCCAUCGGGGACGUCGUCACUGGCUGGCUCACCUACCGCAUCCUGCGCAUGCAAGGCCUGGAAGCUGAGCGUUCACUGAAGUUCGCCAGCAUCUGGCUGUUGAACCCUAUGGUGGCUAAUAUCAGCACUCGUGGGAGCUCUGAAGGUCUGCUGGCUGUGCUCGUCGUGGCAAUGCUCUGGGCGGCGCUGAGCAAGCGAAUACUGCUUGCAGGUAGUCUGCUUGGACUCAGCGUCCAUUUCAAGAUCUAUCCCUUUAUCUACGCAGCGAGCAUAUUCUGGUGGCUUGGGUGUCCGGAGAAGCCCAACUCACGGGGGCUGCCAUUGCUUCUACACAAACUCGUAGCUCUCGUCAACCGAGAUCGUAUACUCCUGAUCAUGUCUAGCCUCGCAGCAUUCAUGGCGUGCAAUGUUAUUAUGUAUCACAUAUAUGGCAAGCCCUUUGUGGAGCACAGCUACACCUAUCACAUCACGCGUAUCGACCACAGACACAAUUUCUCGGUGUACAAUACACUACUACAUCUGAGCUCGUUGCGCGGUUCAAAUGCUGGGUUUCGAAUUGAGUCACUCGCUUUUAUCCCACAGCUCUCUCUUGUCGUGCUUGCGAUACCUUUGCUGCUCGCAAAAGUUGAUUUAGCAAGCACGAUGCUGAUCCAGACAUUCGCGUUUGUCACCUUCAACAAAGUGUGCACAAGCCAGUACUUUCUAUGGUACAUGGUGUUCCUGCCAUUUCACCUGCCGUCCUCCUCCCUGCUGAAAAACCCUCGCCUUGGAACGGUGGCUCUGGUUUUAUGGAUUGCUGGGCAAGCCAUCUGGCUGCAGCAAGGCUUCGUCUUGGAGUUUCUGGGUAACUCUUCCUUCGUGCCAGGCCUCUGGUUAGCCAGUAUCCUCUUCUUCCUGACAAAUUGCUGGAUGCUUGGUAUUCUUGUGGACGACGUCCAGCUUCAGUAUAAAGUCUCGAGCACCAAAAAGGCACAAUGAAGAGUUUAGCCGCCAAUGGCCUUUACGCAACCCAUCGCGGCACCAGCAGCAACCGUCCCGAGAAUGAGCAUCUGAGUGGCAUUUUGAAAACACACCCAUCGACUGCGUUCCCCGACCGCACUGGUCUUCAGCCAUCCAAAUGCAAACAAGGCAAUAGCCAUGACGAUUAUACUGCAGGACAGUGCUUCGCGAAUGUGCUCGAAAAAGAGGUACGGCAGCAACGGCACUAGUCCGCCGAGGAAAUAGCCGCUAGCGAUCGUAAAGCCAGAUGCGUAAGCUCUAGACGGGGUGAAGUCAGCUUCCGCGAGCUGGUAAUGAAAUUUCAUGACAAAGUCCACGAAAUUAUCGGAAUCGCGUUCAAGGUCCUUGAUGAGCGAAUUGAGGACCAACUCGCUGAUGUCAUAUUUCUGGAACGUCGAUCGAGCCAUGUCGCAGGCUGCCGCAGGAUUUGUUGUUACGAGUUCCUUGGUAUGUUGGAGUGCUGAGAAGUAUGCGUCUGCUUCGCUUUUCGCACCCAGGUAUCCUCCCAACCCCAUCGAGAUUGAACCAGCAACGAGUUCCGCAAAGCCGGCGUAAAUGACUAGAUUGGUAGUGCCCAGAGCUGACAAGCCGGCAGUCAGUGCGAAAGGAACCGUCAAUCCAUCUGACAAGCCUAUCGUCGCAUCGGACACGACCCGGGCGCUUACAAGACCCCUCGCCAGUGGUUGAGCUUCUGCAUCGUCUUGUUUGUCGCCAAAACCAUUGGUAAAAGUGCCAGAGUUGACUGAUGGCUGCUGUCCACGUUCGGCUUCGAGGAGUCGUUGAUGUUCUCCAUCUCGCUUCGUUGGGACGAUUAUAUUCUUGAUGCAAGUGAGGAACAUUUU